AUGCCCGACCCGACCAACCUUGCCCUCAUCGGAGGCGUCUUUGGCCUGCUCAUCGGCUCCAUCUUCUCGCAGCGCGCGCGCUGCGGCCUCGCGUACCUCGUCGUGCCGCUGCUCUCCGCCUUUGCUUUGCACCGCGUGUGGGGCACGAGUUUCGACCUCGUCGAGGAGCUGACCUUCUACGCGAGCUACCACUCCGACUGGCGCAACCAGCUCGUCCACAUCGUCUUCGUCCCGCUCCUCGUCGCGUCGGCGAUGGUCUUCCUCGCCUACGUGCCUCCGCUCGCCCGCGCGAGGCCGCUCGGGCUGCCGCUCAACUGGGCGACGCUCGCGGCGGCGGCGUGGUCGCUGCACUUCGUGCACGCGGCGCCGCUCGUCGGCUCCCUCGUCGCCGCCCUCACCUUUGCCUUUGCAGUCGGAGCCACGGGCGUGGUGGAGCGCGAGCGAGCAAAGAGCGGCACGCGCGCGGUGCCGUCGAGGGAACAGCAGGGCCGCGCCGCGCUGUGGGCGGGCGCGCUGCACGUGCUGGGCUGGUACAUGCAGCUGCACCCUGGCCACGCCCUCUUCGAGGGCCGCAAGGCCUACCGCGCCCCAUCCCACUCCUCUCUGCUCUCGACACUGCAGUUGGCGGCGCUGGUGGACGCGCUCGUGCAGUCCUUCAUGGACGCGCCGCUCUUCGUCUGGAUGGAGGUCGCCUUCAAGCUCGGGUACGACCCGGCCCUCGAGUCGCAGCUGCAGGCGGCGGUAGAGAAGCGGCAUGCGGAAUGGGCGCAGGCGGCGUAGUAUAGGCCGCUGCACCUCGGCGGCGUGGUCGGCCACGUAGCGGCGGCACUGUGCGAGGAGCCGCCCGUCGCCUGAGAACGAUGUGUGCCGCGCCGCUUCGAGCAGUGGCGCGGCGGCGUUCGCUGGCCUGACGCUCUCUCCUGCCGCGCGCUUACGCGCGACGUGUGUUACAUUUUUGCAAAACAAUUCUUGAGACUU